UUCGUUUACUUCAACAACCGCUGCUAAAUUUAGGCAACCGCGAUGGCAGCCGACGCCGCCGCUAAUAUCGCCAUGGCUACUAUUAUAGGACUAGGAAUGGUUAUUUCCAUCACAGGCAAUGUUAUCAUCGCGUAUGUUUUGAUCAAGCGUCGGAAAAUAUUGCUUUGGAACCGUCCGACAUACCAGUUUAUUCUAAACUUGCUUCUUUCGGAUCUCGUUAUUGGCGUACUGUUAUGUCCUUUCGAGUUUACCCGCAAACUGUCCGGCCAGUGGAUUUUUGGAAAAGUACUUUGUAAGAUUAUCGAUUAUGUCGAGAUCUCGGCUGCUGGUACUGCUGUGAUCUCACAUGCGCUGAUCGCCGUUGAUCGAUACCGUUCCUUGGCUUUACCACAUCUUCCCAAACUCAGAUCCAAACUCGUCAGACAGCUAAUAGCCUCAUCAUGGAUUGUACCUGCUAUGGCGUCCUCUCCCUAUUUGUACAUGUAUACCAUCAUCGAUCAUCCGUUCUACUUGAGAGAUCAAUCUCCGUUAUGCACGCCAACUGCCAUUCCAAUACCAUGGCUGGACAAACUUUAUGAAGCUGUUGAGUUUAGCAUGCUCUUUUUUUUCCCUUCUUGUGUUAUCUGCUGGUGUUACUAUCACGUGAUUCGGAGAACAUUUGGAAGUCAGUGUGGCCUUACACCAUCGGCAAGGUUACCUGUAGCGGAAAAGGCUCUUCGACGCAGCCGGAAACGAGUGACAAAAACGGCCUGCUUAAUCGUAAUCGUGUUUUUUAUCUGCUGGUCCCCGACGUUUCUCUUAGGCAUUUGGAGGAUUGCGUCUGGAACUGAAAGUGUGCACCACGGGCACAUAUUGUUCGAAGUUUCGUUCUUCGGAGCAGUUUUCAACGAAGCCGCCAAUCCCAUCAUUUAUAGUGUUUAUGACCGAAACAUGAAUAUCAGUGACCAUAUAUUUUGCCGCCAAAGGGUUUUUAAUGAGACAAGCCAAGUUGAUCGCUCAAAAAAUUUCCAGGGAAUGAAUCAUCGCGUAAGUGUUAUCAUGAAUCAGGUGCGCAUUGUAGAAGUCCCCUCACGGUAGAUUAUUUCACUGUUUC